GGUGGUCGUGUGGCAAUGUGGCGCAGGAGGAGAGUAGCGUUCACUGUACCGCCGCCACAGACACAGCAGCUGACGCUGCACUCUGAGUACCGCAGCACUUACCGCUGGCACGAGUACAAGCCUCAGACUCAAAAUGAAGUCAUCAGAAAGCCGCCAGCGUCACAAGGUAUGGGAGAGCGCAGGCACUUCUGGACAUCAGCACCUGGCGGUGUUGGCAGCGGCAUGCACGAGGGAGGCGACGGCGAGCAACGUGUACGCGUCAGUCAGUCUGAGGAGCGCGGUCGCCGCUUCCUACAGCCGGCUCACCGCAGUCGCUCCGAGGGGCCCAUAGGCAGAGAUCUAGAUGAUGAUAGUUUUCUUGUGUCAGAGUACAAGACCCAGUACGCCUGGGUGAGGCGGCCCCCCUCCGCCAGGGGCCCUGAGGCCGCCCCUCUCCUCGAGGUGGAAAAGCCGCCGUCGCAGCCCACGAAGCAUCAGGUGAACAUCAACGGGGUGGCCGGUGGAGCUUCAACGGGAGCUUCAGCAGAAGGUGCCGGAACCACAGGCGACACGCAACCUGCCGAGGAGCAGCUGCAACGCACGCCUCGUAAGUCCAAGUCGAUGGGUCGCAUUCACGGUGGAGAAACGGGGCCGGAGGUAGGAGGAGGGGCUUCUGGUGGCCCUGACUCUUCGGGCGGCACCCAAGAGGGCCAGCACGACCAGGCACCCCAACAGCCCCGCACCGACACUGCGGCACCUUCGCAACACUGGCACCGGGGCCACCGCCGCACACCCUCUGACGGAGUAGCAUGGCGACACUCCAAAGGGCUGGAGGCAGACAGGAUUAUUGGAGGCGAGACCAUGUUUGGCGAAGAUGACAAGCUUUCAAAGAGGGCAUACAAGUCUGAAUACCGCAAGAAAUUCCGUCCAUUCUCACAGUACCAGUAUGUGGACGGCAAGUUUCUUAAGGUGAAGGGUGAGGAAGCCACUGCUGGGGCUACUGAGUCACCCAAUAACUGGUACAAGGAAGUCAUUGAGCUACGUAAGCAAGCUGGACAAUAUCGGGCGAGGCACGAUAUUGGUGACGUGUGGCGGACUGUUCAGGUGUGUGCCUCAGGUCCUUUAUCCAGGCUUGUGACCCAGCCCACCCUUUAUUCAUUUAUUUCCCUAAUAUCCAGUUUUGUUGCCUUAAAUGUCUUUUCAUUUCCUAAUAGCCGGCCAAUAAGCAAGGCUGAGAAGGAGAUAGAGAAUUCUCGGAGGUCUUCUCCCAUCAAACAUGUCAGCAAACCUCGUGAGCGCCCCAGCACUGCCCCUCCCAAGCCCAAGCCAGCAGCUGUGCAUGCACAGAAGGCCACCGACAAGACAGAUGGGAAGACCUCCAAGGAGUCCACACCACGCCACCACUAUGAGCGCACCACCGGCACCACAGAGGAUGGUCUUUUGAUCACUUCGCCUUCACGAGACAAGCUUGAACCAUUCAUUGCUGAUGAUUGGUCGACUCGCCGUUCAUCACGAAGAACCCCUCCAAUUACAAGCCCAGUCAAAGAUGGCCCCAGCAGACGAAAGUCAUACCGAGCCUCGUCUGCAGCAAGACCUCCCCCCACCAAGGACUGUAGGUCCUCUGUAGGAGGCCGUUCAGUGAGCGUUGGUCCUGAGAACCGUUCCCCAAAGCGAACAUCCCGCCCACCUUCCACCCACACCACCACCCCAGCUGCCAAGCCGGAGCGCCGCCCACGACCCACGUCCCUCUCCACUAGUGCUCGCCGCAAGGGUACAGACGCUUUGCCCCAUCGCCCCUCCUCCCAUGAUGAGGGUAAAGAGCCUAAGAAAUCCUCUAAAGCUAAGCCUCAUGACCCCACUGCUUCGCCUAAGAAGGGUGAGGACAGGAGCAAAGUGGAGAAAAAACACAUUAGUGAAGAAAUAGAUACCAAGAAGGACAAAGAAAAGGAUAUUAUUACAAAAGAUGGGCCCAAGGAUGCUGCUACAAAAGAUACUUCCAAGGAACCUGUAGAGGCUGUGAAGGAAGCAGCAGGAAGGAGGUCAACCCCAGAGCCAAGGUUUGACCCUGAGAAAUACGAGCCUGUGGUCAAGACUCCUCCUGAGCCUACCAGAGUCAAGUCACCUGACCAGGUUGGUAAAUGGAUGAUGGUGAAGAGCCCAGACCCAGUCAAUUGGACUGUGCCCCUGGACACCGGCAAGACCUUCACAGUGACGCACAACAUUCCAGAAGGUGAAUCAGCCCGUGGGACCCCCUCAUCAGAGCAUCGCCAUGUUCUGGAAUCUCGUACCAGACAAACGCCUGAACCCACAAAGAUUAGCCAAGGAUCUCUUGUUGGCACACCUGUAUCAACUAUUUCCACAGAACCCAAGCCACAUUCUCAGGAGCAAGCUAAGUCUACUACUGCCACAACUGUAGAAUCUAAGUUUGAUGAUAAACCAGUUGAUAAGAAAUCUUCCAUUACUGCAGAGGUUAAGUUCCAAGAAUCUAAACCUGAAACUAAGAUUCCUGAAUCUAAACCACUAGAUGUCGAUACAAAAAGUACCGAAUCUAAAACUCAGGAAACCAAGACAGAGAAAACAUUACCAGAAGUUAAGGAUACUACCAAACCGACAGAGUCGAAACCAGUGGACACAAAACCUGUCGAGUCCAAACUACCAGAAGUAAAACCUCUCGAAUCUAAGGAGCCAGAAGUGAAGCCUUUUGAACCCAAGGCUUUAGUGACAAAACCAAGUGAUUCAGUUUUGUCUGAAUCCAAGCCUGCUUUAUCAUCAGACUACAAGACAGCUGAUGUGAUACCUACAGAACCUAAAAAAAUUGAAUCUGUUCUUGAUUCCAAGCCAUUUUCUUCUCUACCUUCACAGCAACAGCAGCAGAAAGCUCCUUCCAGCACACCUGCACCCACUCAAGCUUCUCCUAUGGACUCUAUUCCUCCAUCAGGUGCGGUUGAUUCAAUGACAAUGUCCAUGUUUGGUUCCCUCAAUGGUAUGAAUGGCAAGAGUUCAGGGACUCCAUCUCCUACCAAGCCUGAAGUGCCCCUUCCUUCCGAGCCUGCAAAGGAUGGAAAAGCUGAAUCAAAGCCAGUUGGUGUUCGUAAUGUUCCAGGCACCAACUUAAGAUGCUUAGAUGAUCCUUCCUUUAUGUUUGAUCAACCUUCUGCACCAACCACUAAUUCACCUAAAUCUGGAGCAUACAAAGUUCUAGAAGCACCCCUAGAACCAGCACAACCCAAGAGUGGAGGUUACCGUGUGUUAGAAGCUCCAGGAGCACCAUCAGAUAUCAAGGAUCUUCCGGAUCAGUCGCCUACAAAGCCAGAGGCCCCAAUCAAGCCUUCACCAUACAGGGUCCUUGAGGCACCCAUUGAUCCUCCAACUAAGCCUAAAGGUUCCCCAUAUCGUGUCCUAGAGGCUCCAGAUGCCCCUUAUUACCCACAAACUCAGAGUGUCGGUGCAGCCCAAGAGUCUAAGCCUCCAUCCCUAGUCUCUCCCUCUUCUGGUAGGACAGUAACAGAUGCACUUGACAAAGCUCGCACUCGUUUUGAUUCAUUCUGGGGAGGACCCAAAGAUAAAGAUCCUCCCAGCAAAGUCUAGGUGCCCAAAUUUGCUAGCCAUAUUUUAAUUACAACUGAUAUAUUUAUGAAGAUGAAAUUAUUAUCCUAGUUCACAAGUGAAAAUACAAAAAAAAAAUAUAUAUAUAUAUAUAUAUAUAUAUAUAUAUAUAUAUAUAUAUAUAUAUAAAUAAAUCAUUGAUUAUGGUUACCAACAGAGGGAUACAUCUUCAUGAGUAUUAUCAUAGAGAUGAGCUGUUAGAUUAUAACUGAAUGCAGAUUUUAAUGAAUAUAGGGGUUGUUACUUCCAACGUUAGUGGUCUUGCUUUGAAUGUAGGACCAUAAAUAACAGCGCAUCUAAAGUAAAUGGUAUUAGAAAACCCACAGGUCAUCAGUUCAGCCAGACAUUUAAUCGCAGUACUCAUACUAUUUUUCUUAGUUAAUCUAGAUGCUGUUCAACUCUCUCUGGACUUUAUUUACUCCAGCUACGCAGUAUAGUAUAUCCUGUGAGGUUUUCUUAUACAAGGCACUUGCUAUAGGCUAAGAAUGUGAUUGUUUAUAUUAUCAUAUAUAAGAUUUAGUUUCUGUAUGUUUAGCAUUCAACCAAAAGAAGUGAGAAUGAAAGGCAAAACUGCCAAGAUUUUUUCAUAUAUAUAAUGCCAAGUGAGAUCAGAAAUUCCUGUUGCUCAUGGUCAUUGCUGAAAGCUUUUUAAAAUAAAAGUAAAAGGAGGAUAUGAAAGGAGAGAAGAAAAUUUUACUACUUAAUAAUCUUACAAAAUAUUCAUAAUCCACAACUCCAUUACUCAAACAAAUGGGAAGGUAAAAUUUGUACAGCUUCUCUGAUUACUCUAUAGUGCCAUAUGAUCUUUGCAGUCUGGCACACACAUUCUAAUCCUUAACAUUAACUUCACUGUAAUGAAGAAAGGAACUAAUAAUUGGAGAAUCUGAGUACAGUUUAGCUGACCAUUGUAUACUUCUAAGGUUAAAGUAUAUAUUUUCGUCUUGGUACUGGUCCUUUAACAAUACAAAAACAAUUAGCAUAUGACCUUUACAGGAGGAAUGCUUCAAACACCUCAUAAUGCAAAGAAAAGAAAACUGAUGUACAUAUAUGAGAUUAAUGUGACAGUAGACUUUAAAAGAUUUAGUUGCAUAUUGGAGUCUAUCAUAAUCAAUAGAGCCUUAUAGUUUCAUUAAAUGCCUGAAAAAUAAGGAAGAGCCAAAAAACAUGACAUGAAUGAUUAUCUAUUUGUUCCUCCAGCUGGGCAACAGUUUGAGAGAAGUCAUUCAUCUGAUUGACAUGUGAAGGAAUACUCGAGAUGUGUAGAGCGUUUAUACUCACUUGUUAAUUUGUAAUGGUAUUUGUUACCUGAACUGUUCAAUGAAAGAGAUUUGUAAUUAUACAACUUUAUCUGAAAAAAUAUAAAUGGCUGUAACGAGAAUGCCCCUAUAAUAACCUCUCUUAGCAUAAUGUACUGAUGGUUGUAAAGGAAAUGGUGAAUGUAAGGAUUGUUAGGUUCUUAAAGAAAGUCUCAAAACUGCAGUGUACCAAAUUAAGUGAAGGGGGAACCACCCAAACAUAUCUUAAAUCUUACUGGUGAAUUUUAGGACUAUAUGCAAAAUAGUGUGUUGCCUCACAUACUCAGUGUCAAAAGUAUGAACAUUAAAGCUGCACAUAGUUCUUUUGAAAGGAAAGGAUAACACAAAGUUUAUUGCUACAUUCAAAAUUAUAGCAAACAAAUGUAGGCAGAUGAGAGCUUCAAGCUCAAAUCCUGUGCACUACAGUGUGUAAAUCAAUCGGGUUAAGUGCGUGCAUGCACACACACACACACACACACACACACACACACACACACACACACACACACACACACACACACUGCAAAGUCAGUGAUACUGUUCCUGGCUGCCCCUUGCCAGGAUGAUUUUUUUUUAUUUUUUCCCCAUUAAUGAACAAGUUGUUUGUUUUCUUUGAGCAACACGGGGUGGGGACUUGUAAAAGAUCACAGCUUUACCCAUUAACUGAAAUAGUAAGCUGCCUCUAGGAGGGUAGAGUUGACAAUUAUGAGUCCAAUAUACGAUUCUUUAAUCCAUGAUGAAUAGUAAUCCCUUCCCACCCACCAUCCACACACACCAACACACCCACACCAAGCAGAAUUCACGUCCUGCAUACCAUAAAUAGAUGUAUACACAAACACAGACAUGCUCACACACCUUCCUCCUGUGUGUCAUAUAGAAAGAAUAACCAUUCUUUCAUUUCUCUUCUGAAGUUUGGGUAUAGAAUUAAGAAUUUUUGUACCAUCAUCGGGAACUUGGGUCAAACUUGGCAUUUCCAUCUCAGCCUUAAUUCUAAUGCCUAUAAGCAUAUCCUGAUUCACUAGGAAUCUUGGAGGUAGCAAGUCCUUUGAUCUCUUUGAUCUCAUUCAUGAGGCAUCCUAUAAGGAAAUCACAAUGGUGCGAUAUUUAAAUAAGUUAUCAAAUCCUAGCUCUUCAGUUCAUCUAUUCUGCUGUUGUGUAGUAUGUAUCAAAAUUAUAAACUAUUAGCUUUUUUUUUUUCAUUUUUAUUAUUUUUUUUACUAAGAGUUAUACCAAAGAAUAUUACAAAGUAUUCAGUGUUAAUGAAGUACGAAAGUAACUGAGUUGUUCUCACUAUGAAAACUGCCAGUGAUGUAAGCAUAUUAUUUUGAAUGGUGAAGCUGUUUAUAUUGUUACAAUUAGUAUAGUGUUGGCUAUACCCACUGUACUGGGCUGACCCAGUCUCUGGUGAAGUUCACCAUCACUAAAAGUGUCCCAUGGUGAGAGUUCUGGGCUGGGGGUUUCUUAUUUUAAUACACCUUGUUUAUAUAAUAUAGUAGGCUUUUUGUUAUGACUUCACACAUUCCAGUAAACACUUUUCAUGUCUCAAAGUGCAGGAUUUAACUAACUAUUCUCAAAAGUUUCAGUGGCUUUCUCUCAGAAUUUAUUAAAUUUGUAUUUAAACAUAUGCUGCAGAUUAUUUUGAAACCCAAGAAGUUUUCAGAAAUAAAGUGCCAAUGAAAUUAAAUUAAGCAAUCAUGAUAUUAAACAAAUUAUCAUUAAAUGUUAUUGUGAUACAAUACAAGUAACCUUUAUGCAACCAUGUAAACAAACACACACACACACACACACACACACACACACACACACACACACACACACACACACACACACACACAUGUUCCCCGUCCUUGACUAUAGUUGAAAACAAGUAUCCUCAGCUUCAAGCAAAUUAGGAAAAUGUUAACUACAGUCAUACAGCAGCAUUAGGUUUCUUUUCCGCAAAAAAUAUGUAAAUUAUUUUUAUUAAUGCAUUAUUCAUGACUUGAUUAGAUUUAUACUCCAAGUAUUAGGAUUCUUCAACCUGAGGAGUCUCCACUCCCAUCAGAGACCCCAGUGGCUUGUUGCCACUGCCCCUCCACCAUGGGGUGUCUCCUCCACCACGAUGCUGUUUAUGCUUCUAGUCAAAAUUUCUUGCAUAAGUUUCCAGGUGUCAGCAUCAGGAACUGCUUGCCCCAAAACUCAAACUCACUUUAAAAUUUAGGACAUCAUCAAUAAAGGAAUUUAUAUAUUUUAUUUUCCUUUUUAUUCCUUAAUUACGAUUUCAGUUGUGAAUUCUUAGUUAUCUGGAAAUAAACAACAAUUGUAUUAGUGUUUUAUUUUGUAAUAUUUUGUAAUUUUCUAGUGUCAACAAAUAAUCAUUCACAUUUUAUAUGCUUUGACAAAUGAGUUGAGAGGUGAGCACCCUCAUGCCUGGACCCUUGAGUUGUGAAUCUGACCUUGCUGAAUGUACCCAUAGCACAGACCUUAUUAUUAAAUGUACAGCUUCA